CGGCCGCCGCUCGCCAUACGAGUAACGAACGAUAAGCGAUACAAACAUGAGCCUAAAGUACACUGCGAUUCUCGCGCUCGGCCUCCUGGCAGCCGCGUCCUGUGAGGAUGUGAAGCUGCGGAGGCGACAGGGGGACAAGGGGGGAGCAGAGCAGCACCCACUGGCGGCCAUCGAGCAGCAGCUGACACAGACCCUGGCGCACCACUACCUGUGGCCCUGGAGGCAGCUGUUCGAGGCCGCCGCCGCGCUGGACGACGACUCCUGGGACGAGCCGCAGGUCGUCAGCGACGACAACAAGUUCGAAGUCAGCCUCAACGUCAAGCGGUUCAAGCCUGACGAGCUGAGGGUCCGCGUCAAGAACCGCCACAUGCUAGUGGAGGGGAAGCAGAAGCUCACAGCUGAUACCCACAAGUUCGCGCUGAACCACUUCGUGCAGAACUUCGUGCUGCCCGCGGGCACCGUGCAGGACGAGGUCACCGCCGUGCUGAAGGAGAACGGAGUGCUCACCGUGUCCGCGCCCAAGCACAAGGUGCCUCCGCCGCCGCCCGAGAGGGAGGUGCCCAUUGUUGUGCUGCUGCCGGAGACCACCACCGCGAAGGAAGUGGUGACAGCAUCCACGGAGAAGAAGGAAGAGGUGACGGAGGCGGCAGACUCCUCGAGCACGGCGGCGCCGCUGGAGCAGCUCGAGCCGGAGAGCACCACACACGUCGGCAAGAUCAGGAAGAAGGAGCUCAAGACCAGCGUGAAGACCACCAAAGAUAACGAAGUCUCCAAGGGAAUCCGGGACGGCAACGAGCUAGAUUACGCCCUAAUAGAACCGGACACGGAAUAGCCUAAUUUAGCAGAUAUCAAAUUGGUGCCAAAAGACUGAAUGAGCUUUAACGUGAUAGAAAAAGAGUGGUUUUCGUUCGCCGCUCCAGUGAGGAAUCUAGUUAUGUUUGUGCUCUCCUUAAUGUAAGUUUGUUUUAUAUGAAUAAAACGUUAUUUAUUGUAA